UCGAACCUUCCUUUCUCACCCCUUUUAAUCACAGCCGUUCAUCUUUCAUUCUCCAGUAACUGUUGCAUUCCGCAAAAACCAGAGAAACCCAAUUCAAACCGAAAUAAUCUCCCUGCCUCUCUCCCACAUCCUAUUUUUAUCAUCUCGGAUCAAAACAAGCAAUAGGAUCGAAAUUCUCUUUCAGAGAUUGAAAACAAGCAAUUGGAUUGAAAAUCUCUUUCUGGGUUUUCUUAUAAUAGAAUGGCGUCGUCCUGCGUUCGAAUUCAAAGAGACCACAACAGGCGAGAAAGCUCCGCUUCCCAUGCGCAAGCGGUGUUCCGAAAGAACCUAAAAGAUCUGGUGAGAGAUCACCUGCACACCUGCAUUGCACUUUCCACCCAUGCCGAGUCUGAACGUUUGGAAAACAACGCCACGAGGAUCUCUUCUUCCCAAGUUUCGACACGGCAACGUGGAAAUGGUGGUGGUUUUAGGAACAUCAAAGAUGAUGGGUGCAAUGGUUAUGAUCGGACUGUGACCCAAUCGUCCGCAACAUCGAGGAGGCGACAGUCGAGGAUAUUAGACCGAUGGGCCGCUCGCCAAGCCCGUGAAAUGAUCACAACGAUUGAGAGGCAGGGUCACGAGGCUGAGAUUUUGGCCUUGUUCAGCACCCAUCCCGUGUCGACGAGGGCACCUUCAUUUCUUCGCGAGACAUCGCCCAUGUCAUCGGAUUCCUCUGUCGAGGUCCCUAACCUGCGGGCUUCAUCGCUUGUUCAAAUGUGGCGGGAGCUUGAAUCGGAAGCGAGAAUGGCAAAAGAGAAUCGGAGCAGCAGCUUGGUUUCAGCAGCUAGUGGCCAAACGAAUGCAGUGAGCACCACUGACAAUGCUUCUUCCUUUGAAGAAAUGUCUGAUAGGUCCGAAGUUUGUGAUUCUCUAGAUGACAUAUAUGAUAUGGAUUGGGAGUCUGAUCGGAUGGCUCCGAGUCAGCCACGGCAUUCCCCGCGGGCUUUGGAUGUGGGGGAAAACAUGAGCGUUAGAGUGGCAGACACGAUAAGAAAACUGACUUCGCACGAUCAGGCAUGCAGUUCUUUGUCUAGCGAUGAAACAACACAUCAGGAGCAGUGUUCUGGUCGGGAGCCACUACUGUCUCGAAUCCAGUCCAUGUCUGAUCGAACGGAUAAUGUAAGUUUUUCCCUAAUUAGGAAUCGUCCUUUGGUCAGAGGGCGGCAAGCAACUCGGGAUUUGCUUGCACGAAUGGAGAGGGAGAGGCAAACAGAGCUUGCUAGAUUGGUAGAGCUCCAUGCAGUUUCGCAAUUCUCACAUCGGAGCCGAAUUCAGGCAAUGUUGAGGUUUAGAUUCUUACAACACAGCGUCACAGUUCAAGAACAGCAGCGUCCUGCUUCGACUGCAUACGAGCUAGACCAAUUACAUCUUGGAAGCUCUAUCAUGCAAUUAAGGGAGAGAUUUAGCUCCGGAAACCAGCAAUAUGGUAGCUCAGUUCCAGUUGCAAAUAGCUCUAGCAGCCUUCCACUGUUCCAAAAUAAUUCUGUAGAUUCAGAAUGCUCUGGUUUGAUGGAGCCAUACCCCGAAAACAAUGAGUAUUUGCAUGUAGCUGCAAGAGGUCAGGAAAUCACACUAUCAACACCCCAUUCGUUGCUAUCUUCUAUUGAAGAGCAGCAAGAAGAAGCCGUUCAAAGUCCAGAUGUUUCUUGGCAAGAGAGAAGUGAGUUAGAUGGCAGACAGUCCCCUGAGGUUGCUAGUAGAAUUCAUGAAGCUACAUUAUCAGUGCCCCAAUCAUUGGAAUAUACUACAAUUGAAAAUUUGCAAGAAGAAGCUGGUCAAAGUACUGCCGUUCCAUGGGAGGAGAGGUCGUCUGCUAGCAAUCUUGACUGGCAAGGAACUACGAAUGCUAUUGAAUCCCUUAACAGUUGGGAAGGUGAUAUGAUGGUAGAAGAGUCGGACUCUGAUUCUAGGCAAAAUGAUGGACAUGCUGAUCGAAACUGGUUGAGUAAUGCAUCUCAUCUGCAGAGAGAAUCAAGUGACCAUAGGCAGUCUACAUACAAUGACUGGCUUGAAAGUACUUCAGACAAUGUGGAAAUUUGCAAGCUUCUUGAACGGAGAACUGUAUCAACAUUGCUUGCAAGCAGCUUCAGAGAGAGAAUGGAUAAAUUAAUCUUGUCUUAUUUACAAAGACAAGGAAACCAGUCUAAUGCUGAUGAUGCUGUUGAAGAAGACGAAGAGCACUCUGUCCAUCUUCAAGAAGAUCGUGAAGUUGAUAAUGAUGAUGAUCAAGUUGUAUCUCCAUCAGUGCAGUUGCCAUUACCAUCUCGACUGUUUCACCAGCAACAGAGUCGGCAACAUUCUUCAUGUGCAUAUGAACCCUCUCAUCACUCACUUGAAAUGGGACUUAUAUAUGAGUUGAGAAGGGAUAUGGAACGGCUUCAUCAGGAAGUGUCUGAGCUGCGAAAAUCAAUAGAGAGUUGCAAGGAUAUGAGGGAGGGUUCUCCUGCUGCCUUCCAAUCAGGCGAAGCUGUGUCUUCUACAAGGGGACUAAUGAUGAAAGGUAGUUGCUGUAUCUGCUAUGAAAUGCCGGUCGACUCUCUGCUUUACAGGUGCGGGCACUUGUGCACCUGUUUCAAGUGUGCCCAUGAGUUGAAAUGUAGUGGUAGAUGUCCGAUCUGCAGAGCACCAAUCAUUGAUGUUGUGCGUGCGUAUCCGGGCCAGUAAAAAGUAGUUCAUGGUGCGGACGGCCAAGAUCUAUUUACCAGCAUCUGAGAAAGGAAGGCUAUCUAGUUUUUUUUUUUUUUUUUUUUUUUCAAUUAUUUAUUUAAUGUUUUUAGCAAAGCUACAUUGGCAUAUAUACAUGUUUUGCUUCUUCUUUAGUAUAUGCUCUUGUACAUACAU